UAGCCAACUAAGAUUUAGUAAAAUUAGUUCAUUCUUUACAUUUUGUUAAUGCAUGUAUGUUUUUCCCAUUAGCAUUUAAGAUUCUUGAGGUUGCAUGCGAUAGUAGUGCGAUCAAUUUGAGUUUAGGUUUCCUAUAAAUAGAUAUUAUCAAAGUAGAAAACGACUCCGACGAUGAUGGGAGUGAGUAUACAACUGUUAAUGGAUUUAACUAUCGCUGGUAUGUCGCUGAUGAUCGGAUUUGGGAUUUUCGCUUUUGUUGCUUCGAUUCUCUGUUCUGCAGUGUUCUUUCACAGCGCUAAGGCUCAGUAAUCAUCGUCUUCGUGAUCACUGGUUCAAGUUUAUGAGUACAAUAAGGUUGAAGUUUACAUAUACUAUAUAUGUCUAAUUUGUUUAAAUAUGUAUGUUGAUUGAUACCCUAAAGUUGAUGUUACAAUAAAAAGUGAUAUGAUCGUGUCUAAAUAAAUUUUCCACGGUUAAAUA